UCUGUUUAUAUACAGUAGCUUGCCCUGUCAGUGUCCUGGGGGAGCUGUUUUUUCCUUGGCAGUUCCUAGAUUAGGCUGUUGUUUACUGGCUGACUGUUUGUCUGAGUCGGUGGUUCCUUGAUUAGGGUUACUAAUUAGUAUUAGUGAUACUCAUCUGCAGAACACAAGCCUGGAGGGAGCGGAGUUCAAUGUUAUCAUCAGCGUAUCGCACAAUGCGCCGAUAAGGAGGUCGUCGGUGAAAGCGCUCUGCCACUUUAGCCCCCGCUUCACGAUCACACCCAGUCUGCAGAAGUCCCCACUUGCUCUUUCGUUUCCCCCCGCGCUCCGUCGCCAGCAGCCUGCAAACGGAGACCGGGGCUCACACUUGGCACUCCUUCCGCGGCGUCCACACAACCAAUCAGACAUGGACACAACUCCGCCCACCGCCCAGGUUGGUUGGUUGGAGGAAAGCGAGAGUUUUCUAGGAAAACUUGGGCGCUGGAUCUGCGAAACGCCCCUCCCCGCCCACCCCCCUUUGCGCCCUCCUCCCCCUGCGCCCUCCUGGAGUGUUGGAGGGGACCCGGGCUGCUCCACGGCCGGAGGCGGAGGCGAUCGCCCCUGCCCAGCUGUGGCUCAUCCGGACCAUGGGAGACCUGGAGCCACCCGUGUCUCGUGCUGAGAACGCCCCUCAGAAGCAAAUCUCCGAGACGGGGACGUCGGAAGGGCUGAGUCUCCGGGCAGCCGGAGCGGUGGGCGGAGAGGCCCUCUGUGACGAGCACCGCGAGCCCCUGAAGGUUUUCUGCUGGGAGGACUGCGCCCUCAUCUGCUUGGUGUGCGACAAAUCCAGGAAGCACCGGACCCACCUGGUGCUUCCGAUCGAGGAGGCAGCUGAAGAAUACAAGGAAGAGAUCCAGAUCAAGCUACAGAAUCUGAAGUUGGGGAGAAUGGCUGUUGAAAGAUCAAAGCAGACUCAGGAGAAGCAAAUGGCUGAGUAUUUGGAAGACAUCAAAGCAGAAAGAACAAAGAUUGUGCAGGCCUUCCAGCAGCUCCGCUCAUUUCUAGAAGAGCAGGAAAGUUGCCUCUUGGCUCAGUUGAGUGAACUGGAGAAGGAAGAGGACGAAACUAGCACCAGACUUUCGUCCAACAUUUCUUUUCUCAGUGAGCUGAUCCAGGAUCUAGAGAAGCACUGUCAGAGGCCUGCGGGCGAGUUUUUGCAGGAUCUCAAGGAAACUUUAAGCAGGUGUGAAAAGGGCGAGUUCCUUUGCUUCCAAGAGAAACCUGUUAACCUGGAAAAAAAUCUCAGUGCCAUCUCUCGGCAAAGUGGUCUAUUAAUGGAAAACUUCAAGAAAUUUAAAGAAUCACUGAUGGAUGAAUUUCAGAAAGACAAAACUCAGAGGGUAAAUGUCCUCACGAACCAGGCUGAUCAGCCCCAGGCUUUCUGGCCAGUAUCGCACAAUGAUGCCCUGAGAGCAGACAAGAAAGUCUCCCCAGUCAGGGUGACCUUGGAUCCACAUACAGCCAACCCCCAUCUUCUCCUCUCCCCCGAUCGGAAGACCGUGAUGCACCUGGAUCACGCGCAGUCCUUGCCAGAUGAUCCUGAGAGAUUUGAUUCUGAGCUCUUCGUGUUGGCCUGCGAGAGCUUCUGCUGUGGGAAGCAUUCUUGGGUGGUGGACGUCGAGCAGGGGCAGAACUGGGCCAUUGGCAUUGCCCAGGCGUCUGUGAAGAGGAAGGGGUUCCUCAGCCUCAGCCCAGAGCAAGGCAUCUGGGCAGUACAGCAGUGCUGGGGCCAAUUGCAAGCCCUGACCUCUCGUUGGACCUCCUUGUUUCUGCUCCGGAGGCCCAAGAGGAUCAAAGUCUGCCUAGACUACGAGGGAGGGUGGGUGGCGUUUCUCGAUGCAGAGCUGGACGCUCCCAUUUUCACUUUUCCGCCUAUCUCCUUCAAGCAAGAGAGGAUUCACCCUUGGUUCUGGGUGGGGUCUAGAUCUCAGCUCACCUUAUGCCCCUGAGGUUAUUCCUGGCAUUUUGAAUUUCAGCAAUCUGAGAAGCGUUGUUUAAUCUGGGACCUAAAGCAGCAGCCCGACAGUUGCUUGGAACUACUUUUGUUAACUCUGUGUCUGCAAAGGAACGUCUCCUUUUUUGUUUUGAAUUUUUAGUGAAGCAUUAAGUGCUUCACUGAGAGCACCAGUCAAGGAUAUAUUUUAAUGGAAGGAGUUGCAGUUGUACAAACUGGCUUUUGACUAGCCGAAAGCUAUGAUGGGGGGAAAACAGCAAUUUGCAAAUGUUUACAUAGUUGGACAUACUUAUCUCAUGGUACAGUUGUCCUGCCAUAACACAGCUGUAACAGAGUGCAAAAUAAAAUAAAUGUGCUGGAGGGGCGGCCAAGUAGAAUAUUCAGAAACACAAAGCGUAUGCUUCUAGUCUUCGUGGCUGAUGGAAAAGUGCUUGGGAAAAAUUGUGAGAGAAAGCCUCACCGAUGGCUACCUGCCUUUUUGGCAAAAUCUGAAGUCAAAGCCUUCAACACACAGCCUUCUGGGACGCUGCAAGUAGAUUACAUCUCCAUCUCUCUCUCCUUCCAUGGAGGCAGGAGAGCUUCAAAUCUUGAAACUCCUUCACCCUCCCCCUCCAUUCAUUUUCUACUGCUCUUGGGGCUCCCUAUAUUAAUCCCGAUGCAGAGUUUUCUGUGUGAAGCAAGUUGCACCUCAACUGAUAGCAGAAUUUGCUUUCUUUUUCCGCCUGUUCAUAGGAAAUUAUCUCCUCCUUUUCACACUAAGUUAGAAAUAAUGUUUUAAAGAUUUAAAAAUGAAUCAUGCAAGCAAAGGCAAUCAAGCGUACUUCGUUUCUGUAAGGCUGCUCCAUUGCACAAUGCUUAUAUUGAUUUGUAUGGGCACGUAACUAAUUUCAGUACCUUUGGGCUUUUCUGGUAGCAAGGUUUUGACAUUUUUUGUAACUAAUCUUGCACAGACACAUCUACUUUGAAACGAAAACCCAUGCCACUACUGUGAAUAAUUCUAAAUUGUUUCAAAGCAGCAACUGUGCUUCAUUUUGCACUACAUAAAUUCAUUGCAUGUUUCAAGCCCCCUGACUGGUUUUUACAAUUUGUACUUUCAAAUCCAAGUGAAUCUAUCACUCUGAGUAUAGCUAAAUUUUGUUACGUCAUCGGCAAAACACUGUUGAUUGAUACAUUGUGUUAAUUUUAUGAUUUGCACUUACUCAUAUACAUGUAACCUGGUGUACAUUAUUGAUUUUUAUGAUGUGUUGCUCAUGGACUGCAUUUUUCCUCUAUUUUAAGGCACAUGUGAAUUCUGCUUCUGGCCUAGAUCAUGCCCUUCAAUCCUGAGAAACCAUGUGCUGGCUUACGAUUCACUGCCUUUCCUUGACUGAUAGGACUACACAAUGUAUCGCCCAUGAGAUCCUGCUUGAUUUGAACUCCUACCACCCCUAACCAACCAAUACUGAAGGCUGAUGUGGAGUGAGAAAUAAUUCCCAUUCCCUGAAAUGAAGCUGUCAGAUAAAUGGGUAGACGACUGCAGCCUUAUACAAUAUAUGCUGACAGCCCAAUGCAGUACAUUCAUACUGAAAACACAUUUAUUUCACAGAUUUAAAGCAUACUGAAAAUAGUUAUUAUUCAAUGUAGGU